CUCCCGCGGCAGCUGAUGCGCAGCGCGCCGGCGGGGAAGCGGGACCUGGGCUUCCGAGCGCCCCGAGUCCCCGAGCUGCCGCCGGGCGUCGCGGGCCGGGGCCCUGGGGAGGCCCCAGGACAAGCAUCUUCCCGGAGGGAGUCGCCGGGCGCAGGGGGGCGCCGCGGCCGCCCCAUUGGGGACGGAGGAGGAGGACUCACUGGGAGGAAGCGGCGCUGCCUGCGGGUCAAGAGGAAGCGCUUCCAACCGCGGCCCCGACGGCGCUCGUUUAACCACAUCCGCGCCUCCUCCGCUGGCAACGGCGCCUGUCACCGUUUUUUACCUCCAUUUUGAAAGGGGGGGGAAAAAGGAGCUCUCCCGUUCCCCACCUCGUAGGAGUUGGAGCCGGAGGACCCGCGCUCAUGGCGUUCAGCCCGUGGCAGAUCCUGUCCCCCGUGCAGUGGGCGAAGUGGACGUGGUCCGCGGUGCGCGGCGGGGGCGCCGGCGACGACGGCGACGAGGCCGAGGCCGGAGGGCCCGAGGGCGACCCCGAGGAGGAGGAGGACUCGCAAGCCGAGACCAAAUCCUUGAGUUUCAGCUCGGAUUCUGAAGGUAAUUUUGAGACGCCUGAAGUUGAAACACCCGUCAAGACACCUCUCAAAGACUGCUGUGAUUCGGCACUCGGAUCAGCAGGACCUGUGGCCAAAACCCAAGACUCACAAGAAGUUGAUGUACAGCUGAUAGCAGAAGUGGUUGCAAAAUGUUCGUCUGAGACUCAUUCUAGACCCACAGAAAACGAGGUUUCACAGCAGGCUAUUGAUUCUUACUCAGUUAGGGAUUUCAAAGAAGGACCUGAACAUGAUAUUAGCAAAAUUUCAGUGGUGAGGCCAUUUUCAAUAGCAACCAAGAAGUCCACGGAUAACUCGGAGGCAGCUCUUGGAACAGAAGCAGCAUAUGGCUGUGUAACGGCCAUCUCCGGCGAGGCUCUGCCCUCCAGCCCGCCAGAAGCCACCCAGGACAAGGUGAUGACAGAAAGCACCAUGGGGGUUACACUGGAGGCUUCCACAGAAGCUGACCUGAAGAGUGGCAACUCCUGUCCGGAGCCAGUGCCCAGCAGAAGCAAGCUCAGAAAGCCCAAACCAAUCUCUCUGAGGAAGAAGACAGCUGGCGAGUUCUCAGAAACUUCCAUGGAGGGCAUGCCUCUCCCCCAGGCAACCCAUCCUGAUGAAAUGGAUGGGAACACAAGUCCUUUGCUAGGAGAUGCCAGGACUCAGAAAUCUUCCCCUGACACUAGGGAAACAAGCAGCACUCCCAGCAGUGACACCAAUGAUUCCGGGGUGGAGCUGCUGGAGGAUCCAAGGAGCUCACCUCUGAAGCUCGAGUUUAACUUCACAGAAGAUGUGGAAAAUGUAGAGUCCAGGAAAGGCCUUCCAAGAAAACUUGGCAGGAAACUGGGUAACAAACUGCCUCCAAAGGCACAGAAAGAUGGCAUCAGUAAGCCCGGAGGCACCAAAGGUUCAGAACCACCCCCGGACCAAGCCACAGAUGAUGCUUCUCUCUGCCAAGCGUCUUCUAAGCAGAAUCCCAGUUUUGGUCCCCUGGGUGGCCAGUCCACACCGCAGGACUCCCCUCCCCUCUCCUCUAAGGGAUCCUACCACUUUGAUGAGUCCACGGAUCCCUUUAAACCAACUACAGCUUUAACAAAUGGUGACUGUUCUCCUGCUGGUAAUCAUGUUAAUGAAACCUUAGACUCACCCAAGAAGGCAAAGUCCCGUUUAAUAACGACUACUGAACAAGUGAAAUUUCUCUGUUUUCUGUUGAGUGGCUGCAAGGUGAAGAAUCAUGAAACGCAAUCUCUUGCUUUGGAUGGGUGUUCACAAGAUGAAGGAGCAGUGAUCUCCCAGAAUCCAGACAUUUCUAAUAGGGACGGCCAUGCUACCGAUGAGGAGAAACUGGCAUCCACUUCAUCUGGUCAGAAAUCAGCCGGGGCCGAGGUGAAAGGUGAGCCAGAGGAAGACCUGGAGUACUUUGAAUGUUCCAAUGUUCCCGUGUCUACCAUAAAUCAUGCGCUUUCAUCCUCAGAAGCAGGCAUAGACAAAGAGAUGUGCCAGAAGAUGGAGAAAGAUGGAUCUGCCGUGCCUGGACCGUUGGAGUCCCCUGUGGAGAAGGCCCCCGUGUCCGUGGCCUGUGGAGGAGAGAGCCCCCUGGAUGGCAUCUGCCUCAGUGAGUCAGAUAAGACAGCCGUGCUCACCCUGAUAAGAGAAGAGAUAAUCACUAAAGAGAUUGAAGCAAAUGAAUGGAAGAAAAAAUACGAAGAAACCCGACAAGAAGUCUUGGAGAUGAGGAAAAUUGUGGCUGAAUAUGAAAAGACCAUUGCCCAAAUGAUUGAAGAUGAGCAAAGGACAAGUAUGACCUCUCAGAAAAGCUUCCAGCAACUGACCAUGGAGAAGGAGCAGGCCCUGGCUGACCUUAACUCUGUGGAAAGGUCCCUUUCUGAUCUCUUCAGGAGAUAUGAAAACCUGAAAGGUGUUCUGGAAGGGUUCAAGAAGAAUGAAGAAGCCUUGAAAAAAUGUGCUCAGGAUUACUUAGCCAGAGUUAAGCAGGAGGAACAGCGGUAUCAGGCUUUGAAGAUCCACGCAGAAGAAAAACUGGACAAAGCCAAUGAAGAGAUUGCGCAGGUUCGAGCAAAAGCGAAGGCUGAGAGUGCAGCGCUCCACGCAGGACUCCGGAAAGAGCAGAUGAAGGUGGAGUCCCUGGAAAGGGCCCUGCAGCAGAAGAACCAAGAAAUCGAAGAACUGACGAAAAUCUGCGACGAGCUGAUUGCCAAGCUGGGAAAGACUGACUGAGUUUCCCCCGUUCGCUCAGUGGAUCUGCAUUUGGCUGCUUCUGUCGUGACCACAGUAUCUUGCCUUACCCAGGAAUUAUUGCCCCUUUGCAGAGAAAAAAACUUGGAAAAAGCACAUGCCCACUGCUGCCUGUCCUGCUUUGCUGCCGGCGCACAGCCUGGAAGAGCCUUGGAGCGGUGCACCGACGCCGAAGAAGUGGCCGGGGGUCCGCCCAGCGCCGCCUGUGGUCCAGUAGACGGCUGCUGAGCUGGGUUUGUGAUUUCUCUGUAUGAAUUCAUUUUUUUUUUACAGCUGUGUACUUUCCUUAUUAAUACCUUUUCAACCAUACCAUGAACAGCAUAUUCUCCCACACUUCAACGAUUCCCAUUGCCACAUGUAAUUCACUUCAGAGGCACAUAGGUUCUGAAAACUAAUGUUCUCAGUAAUUACGAAGAGCAGCUUUUUAGGAACUCUUCCUGCUUUACCAUUUAA